AUGGCCAAGGGAUUGCGCUCAAAGGUUAAAAGAAGAUUUAGAACUAUAAAAAGGAUCCAUAUAAAUGAGAUUAUAGAAAAACCAAAUAUAAUAAAACUACAUAAAAGAAUAAAACAAAUGAAAAAGAACAAAAAUGCACAAGACGAUUUGAUUAGACCACCCAACAAGUUCCUGUAUCCAGAUAAUGAAAAAGCGGUGAUACCACAGCACAAAAGUGCUAAAGUAAUCGAUUUUAGAUCUGAAGCUUUACCACUGUCAGGAUUUGCAACCGUUGGAAACAGGAGAAAGUAUAACAUAAGUGAACAAAUUGAGAUAAAAAACCAGUAUGGUAACACCCCUAGCUUUUUUGACAAUAUAGAAUUGAGUAAGUUAAUUGAUGACAUGCAUAAACGUUCAGUUGAAGUUAUGAAAACAAUUUCGAAAAAUAAUGAUGCUGACAUGGGAUAA